UGACUAGUAUUGUGUCUGGAGCCCUCAUGUACACAGUUAUGGUCGCCAACACCGCUGUUAUGAUGACUGAUGUGGACAUAACAGCAAGAGCAUACAAGAGCAAGAUGAAUCAUCUGGAAGAUUAUAUGACUUUUAUGAAGCUUCCUAAAGCCCUACGUAUGCGCAUCAGUGACUACUUUCAGGCUCGUUAUGCAGGAAAAUGGUAUGAUGAGAAGGACGUCCUAAAGUGGGUGUCCUCAUCGCUCAGAGAGGACAUUAUGAUGAGCAUUUGCUCCAGUCAUGUGAGAAAAGUCCCCAUUUUCCGGAACCGUGAUGUAAACUUCAUCAAUGCCAUUCUCCUGGAGCUGCAGUAUGAGGUCUUCCAGGGGGGUGACAUCAUCAUCUAUCGGAAUGGUCCUGGUGACCGCAUGUUCUUAAUUGAACAUGGGCAAGUCCUUGUGGAGAAUGAGUUCUUCCAGAGGGAACUGUGUGAUGGAGAUUACUUUGGAGAGACUUGUCUUUUAACAAGAGGAAGGCAUUUGGCAACGGUAAAAGCUCUGACAAUCUGUCAGCUUUUUUCCUUGUCAGUGGACAGCUUUCAUCAUGUAAUGGAGGACUACCCUGACAUCAAGAGGGACAUGGAGAUAUCACAAUCGGACAAAAACAUUCUGUUAUGUUGACUAAAUGCAGUUAGACGCAGGAGGAAAGUUACACUUCAUCUCCAUUAUGCCUGUGCUGGAAUCACAUGGAUGGCUACACCCACAAGCCCCUCCUGCAUCUUUCUCAGCAUGCAAUUGGCCAGAUAGAGCCAGUCUUUUCUUGGAUCUUCAUAAAUAGCAACAUAUAUUUCAGGAUGUCUAAUUCAACUCUACUAUCAGCUGAUGGAUUCAAGAUAUUUCAAGGGAGGAAGGUGUGUCUUGGUUGCAAGCAACCACAUUGGAAUAUGAUUCCUAUAAUUAUAAAGACAGAAAGUUUUUAGGCUGUAUGCUGACCCCUUUU